UGAGGCUGGGGAAGAAAGGAGCUGAUCUCAGUCAGUAGAGCAGUGCCGCUGGAGAGCUCUCUCGUCGACCGCAGGCUCCAGCUUUAAAGAGAAAAACAAAAUAGACGUGACACCUAACGUUUUGGUUUUUUUUAAUUUAUAUUUAUUCAUUUCUCAUCGACGCGUCACCUCAAAGGAGAUGUAACUUGCGGGCAUCACCUCAAGUUAUAUUCAUGCAUUUGAAAAGAGCCGGGAGUGAGUGCGCAGAGACGAGAAGCCGAGCUGCUCUGGCGAAUGGAACUUAUUGUUGUGCAUUUGUUUUGACUAUGUUAUCCCCGAGCGAGUUUGGGUCCAGUCCGUCUCUGUCCGUCGUCGACCCUUGAUUCUUUUUUUUUUUUUUUUUUUUGGGGGGAGGGGGAUUUAUAUCCGAAUAGCUUAAGAGGAGAAAAAACGCCGGAGGAGGAUUCUGCAAAAAAAAAAAAAAAAAAAAAAAAAGCCAGCGAGCUUUUCCUACAAGAGCCGGGGAUUUAAAUCGUCGUUUGGUGGUGCUCCGACAGAGGCGAGAGUCAAAGAAAGAGAAAUUCAUGUGGCCAUUCUCUCUAUAGCCAAACAAUUUUUUUUCUGGGGGGGAUUGCAUAAUGAGCAAGGAAAGACCUAAGAGGAAUAUCAUUCAAAAGAAAUACGAUGACAGUGAUGGGAUCCCGUGGUCAGAGGAGCGGGUUAUGCGAAAGGUGCUUUACCUCUCCCUAAAGGAGUUUAGGAGUGCACAGAAACGGCAGCUGGAUGGUGAUGGAAACCCAAACUCCAUUGGGUCCCUAGCCAAUGGGCAGCUGAACGGCUCGGGGUCAAAGGGCAGCCACAAAGAAGAUGGGUCCCUGCGCUCUCCGGGCCACGGGAGCCGCGAGUACGGCGAGGACGGACCUGCAAAGAAAAGACCUCGGCUCCAGGCCCAGAGGAAGUUCGCCCAGUCGCAGCCCAACUCGCCGAGCACCACGCCCGUCAAGGUAGCUGACCCAGGCAGCCUGACCACCGCCCUGGCCACUGUGCCCUCCACGUCCCUGUCAUCGCUCUCCUCAUCAUCCCUGUCCUUGUCCAUUCAGGACCUGUCCAGACGCAAGCCCAAGACGGAGGACUUUCUGACCUUCCUUUGCCUCAGAGGUUCAUCGGCCCUGCCCAACAACAUGGCCUACUUCGGAAGCUCCCAGGAAGAGGAGGACCUGGAGGAUGAUGAGGAGGAGGAGGAGGAGGUGAGGAACGGAGGUGGGAUCCACUCUCAGGGUGGGGUAAGCAACAGCCAAGCGUCGGCCUCCUCCUCCUGCCACUCGACACCCCGCAAGGGCAAGAUCCCCACCAGGCAGCCACUCAACGGGCACGUUUUCAACAGCCACGGUAAAGCAGGGACCAGGGAGAGUCCGAGGCCCAAGGCGGGAACUUACGGCAGGGAUGCGCCAGCCCCCCCACUGCCACCUCCGCCGCCUCCACCUCCGCCCCUCCUGAGGGAGCGACGUGAGCGGGCGGAAGCGCGGGAGCACACCAGGCAGCAGGCCCUGGCCAGCAGUAGAGGCUCAGCCAACGGGCUGCCACCGAGGAGAGCUGCUGAGGAGCAACGCAAACAGGUCUCUAAAGUGAACGGGCUGAUGCGGGCGGGCUCGGCACAAGGUGCCGGUGGUGCCAAGAAGAGCCGCGACUUCCGACUGCCGUCCAAAACUGUGAAGAAGUACACAGCCACCGUGUCCAAGGGCCACGUCACUUACACCAAAGCCAAACAGAGAGAACUGGGCAAGAAAACCAAACUCAGCAGCAGCAACAAACACAACAGCGCCGCCUCGGCACCAUCGUCAGCGAACAAUCACAAUCAGCACAGCCAGCCAGCAGCCAGCAAUGGGCUGGCUAACUCAGGAAAAGCAGUGGCACCAGCCCACCACAGCAAUGCAAAAACCCGCAAACAGGUGCUACUAUCCAAUGGGCUGCACAAUGUGGCCGCCGUCGCCCGCCUCAACGGCAGGCUAAAUGGGCAGCGGUACAACACCCUGGCCAAGGAGGACGGGCAGAGACAGUGCCAGCAAGGGGAGAGUCCAGGUCGUGAGGGACUGCGUAACUCUAAGCGGCGUCUGGAGGUGGUCCUCAAUUCUGUGGGGACAGGGGUUGUUGAGCAAAAAGCCAAAACCACUGGCAUCGAGGCCAAGAAGGCCAAGCUGCAACCCGCACCUCUGGAGACGCGCAGCAGCAGCAAGAAGGCGGCCAAUCAAGAGAAAGCUGCCACACAAACCGCCACUCCAGUUUCUAACGGACAUGAAUCAGACACACCCCCUUCUCCCAAACAAACUCCACCUGUUACCCCACUCUCACCUCCUACUUCUUCUCCUCAACAAACCCCGCCUCCUAACACACCAGCAGCCAAUGUGGAGCCGGUGAACCAGCGACCCAAGCGUGCAUCAGCCGGCAAGCUGAUGUUGAUUCGACAAGCACAGCAGCAGCAGAGCAGGUCUCACGGUCGGAACUCCUCCUCUUCCUCACCCUCAUCAGGCCCGACUCACCCGCAGAACCCAAGUCGUGCCAACACUACCUCAGACCCCCAACAAACCUCUGUGUGUUCCUCCAACACCUCCUCUCUGCUUGCUUCCACCAACAACCCCGGGCAGCUCAAACCAGCAGCGUUUCGGCUUGCUGACCGAGACAAGGAGUGGGAGCGUGAGAAAGAGAUGGCGCGCCAGAAGGAACGCGAGCAGGAGAAGGAGUGGGAGCGCCAGCGGAGCAGGCCAGACGGGUGGACAGCGCUGGGUGAAGCCCCCAUCUUCCGGCCGGUGCCACGGGAGUUCCAGGACCCCCUGGUCUACUUGGAUGCGGUGAGGGAACAGGCCGAGGUGGCUGGCACGUGCCGCGUUGUCCCGCCGCCAGACUGGAGGCCAGAGUGCAAGCUGAGCGAGGAGAUGCGUUUUGUUACACAGGUGCAGAGGGUCCACAUGCUGGGCCGGCGCUGGGGCCCCAACGUGCAGCGGCUGGCCUGCAUUCGCAAGCACCUCAAAUCUCAGGGCAUUACCAUGGACGAGCCACCUGUCAUUGGUGGCUGUGAAGUGGACCUGUCACGUUUUUUCCAGCUCAUCAAUGACAUGGGCGGCAUGCAGCAGGUGAUGGACCUGAAGAAGUGGACCAAGCUAGCCGACCUUCUGCGCAUCCCUAAGUCAGCGCAGGACCGGCUGGCCAAGCUGCAGGAGGCGUAUCUCCAGUACAUCCUCUCCUAUGACUCGCUCAGCGCUGAGGAGCGCCUGAGACUGCAGGCCGAAGUGCUGCAGGAGAAAAAGAACCUGGAGUCGCGCCGUGGCCCUCUGGAGGGUCUCUCGGACUCCUCAGCACCUAGUUCACUGGUGCUGCCGCGCUAUGAGCCCAAGAAUGGGCUAGCAGGGGGAAUAGUGGGAGGGGCGACAGGGAACCACCGCACCAAUGGAGUGUAUCACCGUCUGAAGGAGCUAGAGGCUCAGGUCAAAGCGGGCCGGCGCCGGCUCUUCGCUCAGGAAAAACAAGGCAAAGAGGACAGGCAGCAUGGAGAGGAGCAGCAGCAACAGGAGGAGGACAGGGGCGUUCUUAGUGACCAGCACAAAUGUAUUAACAAGGGGAAAUCGGUGUCUUUGACUAACUUCUUCAGGAUAGCCCGGAACACCAUGACCAUGUGCUUUAACAAGGAACCAGGGGCUGCUGAGGUUGAGGAAGAGUACUGGAGGAUUGUGGAGCAGAGAGACAGCCAUGUGGCGGUGCAUUGUGGGAAGGUGGACACUAGCACACAUGGCAGUGGAUUCCCCACAGGAAAGUCAGAGCCAUUUUCAAAACAUGGAUGGAACCUCACUGUCCUUCCCAAUAACUCUGGAUCCAUUCUAAGACAUCUGGGUGCUGUGCCUGGGGUGACCAUUCCCUGGCUUAACAUUGGCAUGGUCUUUUCUACCUCAUGCUGGUCUCGAGACCAAAAUCGCCUUCCAUUUAUUGAUUACUUACACACUGGUGCUGAUUGCAUUUGGUAUUCUGUCCCUGCUGAGGAGAAGGCUAAGAUGGACAAGGUGGUCCAUACACUGCUUCAGGCCAAUGGCACCCCAGGACUAGAAAUGUUGGAGAAGAACAUCAUGAUCUCUCCAGAGGUGCUGUGCCGCGAAGGCAUCAAGGUUUACCGUACGGUCCAGCGGAGCGGCCAGUUUGUGGUCUGCUACCCGGGUGCCUUCGUCUCUAAAGUGUGCUGUGGCUACAGCGUGUCAGAGACGGUGCAUUUUGCCACACCGCACUGGAUGAACCUGGGUUACCAGGCCGCAAAGGACCUGAAAUGUCGUCGUAUAGCCAAACCCUUUUCCAUGGAGAAGCUACUGUACCAGAUCGCUACGGCCGAAUCCAAGAGGGACAAUGGCCUUCUCCUCACCACCAUCUCCGCUCUACUCAAAGACCUCAGGAACAUAGAGAUGCGCCAACGACAGGAACUUUACAAGGCAGGUUUGCUCUCCUCUGCCCGCUACGGCACCCAUGACGGAAACCUGGGCCCGGGGGAGGGACGCAAGAAGCCCCGCGGGAAAUGGCUGGCACUUGAGUCCUCAGAGAGACGCUGCCAGAUCUGUCAGCAUCUCUGCUACCUGUCCAUGGUGGUUCAGGAGACUGACAAUGUGGUCUUCUGUCUGGAGUGUGCCCUGCGUUACGUGGAGAAGCACAAGUCCUGCAGAGGCCUUAAGAUGAUGUACCGAUACGAUGAGGAGCAAAUCAACAGUUUGGUGAACCAGGUGUGUGGCCGGGCCAUUCUAAAGAACGGAGGAGGAGGUGGUGGUGGUGGUGGUGGUGGUGGUGGAGUAGUUGUCACUGCAGUAGCGGCGGGGGACCCCUGCCAUGGUCUAAGCCCUGCCAAAGCAUCGCCGGCUAAGCGAGGCCCCCGAAAGCGCGCCACCGUGGAGGUGUCCCUGGCACGCCUGUCCUCCACCCACAUACCCAAGGCUGCUGCUGUGUCCUGAGGAGGACGCCCACCACAUAACCAUCCGCUGUGCUCUGCCCACGCCGGGCCCGACCCUCCCAACCUCCUCCUGUUUUGUUUUACAUUAAGCAGGAUCACUAUCAAUCCCUCCUCCACCACUCAAUAUUUAAGAUUGAUUGUUUUUUAGCUUUGAAAAUCCCCUCACCUGACCUCAGUCCUCCCUCCAAAAAAUAUUCACCUCCUCCCUUAGUAUGACAGGCUUGUUUAUAAAAAAGAAAAGGAAAAAAGAAAAA